UACCCGCCGCCCACCGAGGGCUUCCCGCCGCCCGACAGCUACCCGCCGCCCAAGAGCUACCUGCCGCCUGACAGCUACGUGCCACCCACCCCCUGGUACCCGCCGGCCUACGGAGAGCGACCGCAGGGCCCGCACGCUGGUGGAAAUGGCAAUUUCUCCCAGAAGAGGCAAGGCGAGCAAGCGCCUGGGUUUAGUAAACGUUUUCCAGAAGAAAAUAACAAGCCAAAGACCAAAAAGAAAAAAGAGCCAGUUUUCUCUCAUUAUUGUGAUACCUGUGACCGUGGCUAUAAAAACCAGGAGAAAUAUGAUGAACAUAUUUCGCAACAUAAACAGUGCACGGAAGAAGGUUGCAAUUUCAGCGCACAUGAGAAGAUAGUUCAGAUACACUGGAAGAACGCACAUGCACCUGGUGCUAAAAGGAUAAAAUUAGAUAGCCCGGAAGAGAUUGCUAGAUGGAGAGAAGAAAGAAAAAAAAAUUUUCCUACAUUGGCAAACAUUGAAAGGAAGAAGGCGAUGCAGAUGCAGAAGGAAGAAAGAGGAGAAGUGCUGACUACCCAGCAGUUUGGCAAAAUGAAGGGGAUGUGGAAACCUUCAGAAAAUGAAGAGAGGUUUGGACAGCAAGGGAGACAGAAGAGAAGACAAAGGCGCCUGUUCUGGAAGAAAUUCAGGAAAAAUAGUGGCGAUUAUAAUGUACAUAGAACUCAACAUGAAGCCAAUGGACCAGAAAACAGCAUGUGUGAAAAGGAACAUGAAAAACAGCAUGCUUUGGCAGAUCAGCCGUGCAUGAAGGACAUGGACCCUCUUGGUCUUCUGGCAAACAGUGACAUUGAAUCUGACAAGGAUGAAACGGCAGCCGGAGAUGGGAGGCUGGGAUUGACUGUUGUUCCCAAGCAGGUCACCUCUGCCCUGAGUUCGUUGUCGGCCAACUACGGCAGCGCGUCCGACAGUGAGCCCGAAGAAAUCCCUGUCAAGACUGCAACAAAAGCUGAGAAAAACCAGGCUGCGCUCAGAAAUACACCUCAAACUACUUACGUUCCUCGGAGUCGAAACCCGAAUCAAAAACGUCCAGAAUAUGCAGGCACGAUGUUGAGAAGCUCGAAUUCAAAUGCACGUCCCCCCAGAGGGCCUGAUAACUGGGGCAAGAAAACAUUACCUCUCCUUCCGAAGCGCCGUCCAACUCUGCUGGAAAUGUUACUGGCCCAGGACAUCCGACACGAAAGGAAUGUGAUUUUGCAGUGUGUUCGAUACCUCAUCCAAAAUAACGUGUUUGGACUUCAUUUUAAAGCAGAACCACAAGCUGAAACAGAGACUGAACAGUCCUCUACAACAACAACUGCAGCAGAGACUUUGACGGACAAAUUUGAGGAAUCUAAUUGUUCUUGUAGCUCUGACCUUCAGUUAGCAGCAGGAGAAGAAAGUGCAUUAUUAAUAGCCCAGGGUGAGAAAGUACCAGUGGAUCAGACUUCACAGAUGGUUCACUCAGCAGAUGAGGACACAUGGGAAAUCCCGUCAAUUCAGUGUGAAGAAGCACUGUAGAAGAUGCCUGCUGUGGGCAGGAAAGCAAAGGCUCAUCUUUUCUACCUGACGUUUUUUGAAAGACAUCAGUAUAACAAAAUAAUCAUUAAAGUACAUACUGAAAGCUUGUUAAAACCACUUUUCUGAUCUGUUCUGCCUGAGGUGGCCAUUUCCUUGUGAAAACAGCAUCCAUGUUGAGUAAUUGCAUUUCCCUGUGGCAGAAAGGCAGCAGUGGCACAGAGUGUGACCUUCCCUAGAGUAGGUGCGGAUCCCUUCUUUCAAGCUUCAGAGCUCUGAAUGUUUUACCUUGUUACAAAAUGUCUGUCAGUCCAUCACCAGAGCCAAGUAGCAUUGUGGUAGGGUGGAUCUUCAUCAUGUGGAAUCAUGGUCUGGUGUGUCUGGGAGUAUCUGAGUGUCCAGAAGUAUUUCAGUCGACUUUUGAAAUGGUAAUUCAGUGCAUAUUUUUUUCCCCAGCUGUUAUUUGAUAUAAUAUAUAAAUGGAAGUUAUAACUGACCUUGCACCAGGAUUCUCCUCCUCUCUGAACUAAUUUGUUAAUUGAGCAGAGAAGUGGAAAUGAGGGUGCAGACUGAUGCAAGAAACAUCUUUUUUUAAAAAAAAAAAAAAGAUACAAUAACUGCUUGCAUCAGUACUAGGUUGCUGGUUGACCUCAGGUACCCAAUAUUAAGCCUUAGGCCUCAACUGCUGUUACAGUCAUUGCCUGAUAAAUCUGACUCUUGAAGCAAACUGUUAGUGUUAAGAAUAUUAUCAAAGUUUAGAAAGCUUACCAAGAGUUACUGGUUUGUCCCUCUUUAAUAUGCAUUGGGAAUUUAUUAGUUGGCCUUCUGGAAGAAAGUCCUCCUUGGAACAUUGUUACAAUGGUCCUACACCAUCCAGUGAUGCUUGGUUUUUUUGGUUUUUGUUUUGCAUAGAAUUGUAUGUACAUCCAUAGUGUUGUGAGCAUUAAAGAAGCAUCAGCCAAAGUUUAGAAACAAGUUUAGUCUUUUGAUUAUAUUGUGCAUUUGUUUGUCACAAUCCUUCUUGUCAAGGGCAGAUGUUAGUUUGUCACAUUGAUACUGAAAACAUGCCAUGAAAAUAAUCUGUUAUCAAAACCUCUACUUCAGGAUAUUUCUCCACCCUUUGUCUUUUAGUCAUGUCUGAAUGUUGGUGUUAAAUCUCAGGGACAGAUUUUAUUUUCUGUUCUUUGAUAGAAGUCUAGCCUUCCAUUCCACUAUCUAAAAUGUGGAGACUCACAUGGGGUGUUUUUGUUGCUUAAUAACUGUAUUUUCUUUCCUCUAGUUCCUUAACUUGUGCCAUACAUCUCAUUUGUGGUGCAUAGAAAACAAAAAAUAGUUGAAAAUUCUGUCCCACUGCUCUGCUAUUUAUACCUACGACUGCAUAUUGUGUUUGUAAUGCACCAUCUAAAUUUAUAGAAUUAUAUAAAUAUCAACACCCUUGUAAAAGUUGUGUGUGUCUCCAGAAUGUAUGUGCAGAAUGGGAGCAGUGAUCAUAAACAUUUAUAUUUCCAAGGCAGAUGAUUCAUUCUUCCCAUGAUGGUCCCACGAGCCAUCUCAGUCUCACUGACUUGCUUACAGCUCUUACGGUUUUACUGCGGUGAAAAUACCAGCAAACGACUCUUGAGCCAUGGAGGUCUGGCACUUGGGCAGAACCUGGUUUUGGAGUGGAGUGGUACCAGUGCUGUUGAAAGCAUGGGUAACAGCUGCAGGAAAA